GGUGCAGCUGCCUGCUGUCUCGCACACGGAGGCAGAGAAGGAGAAGUUCCCCUCGCCCACCAGCAGCACCCGACAGAGCUUCUGCGCCGCGGCUGCGUCUGAGUCUGAGUGCGCGACAGUGGGGAGACCCUGCUGCGUGAGGAGUUUGCUCUGUGUGCUUUAAGUGAUGCUCCAGAACGCGUCUGGGAGGGGACAGGAAGCGAGGUUUGUACUGGAGUACACAGAGGCAUGGAGACAGAUGCCAAAACUGUCUGAGAAAAAACUCUGCGCAGAUGGAGAAUGCAGCCACCCCAUCUCGAUGGCUGUGGCGCUUGAGGAUUUCUACCCCUCGGACUGUCGCUUCAUCCCCAUACGCAAGGGCCAAGUCAUCUACGUCUUCUCAAAGCUCAAGGGCCGGGGGCGCCUCUUCUGGGCUGGCAGUGUCCAGAGCGGUUAUUACAGCGAGCAGGAGGCCCGGCUGGGGUUCUUCCCGAGCAGCGUGGUGGAGGAGACGCAGCUCCUGCAGCCAGGGGACGUCGAGGUGAUGACAGAGCCCUGGGACUUUUAUUGCAACUAAAGCCUGCAGAGCAGCGGAAGCCAUCGACUGAGCUUCCAGACUGUCCAGUCACUGCAGCCAGUCACAUCUCUUAGUGGAGUGCAGGAAAUAACAACUGCUCAUUGCUGGAUGUCCAUCAAUAAAACCAUUCAUAAAUGCAUC